AUGGGAACGUUGCGGUCGCAAAAGAGACUGGCAGCCGCUGUGUUAAAAUGCGGCAGAAACAAAAUCUGGUUGGACCCCAAUGAAACGAAUGAAAUUUCCAAUGCCAACUCGCGCCAGAACAUUCGUAAACUGAUCAAGAAUGGUUUGAUCAUCAGAAAGCCUGUUGCUGUGCACUCAAGAGCCAGAGUUCGCAAGAACAUGAUUGCUCGUAGGAAGGGCAGACACACUGGAACUGGUAAGAGGAAGGGUACAGCCAACGCUCGUAUGCCAGAGAAAGUCAUCUGGAUCAGAAGAAUGAGAGUUCUCAGAC